AUGUUUAAUUUCUUAAAAAAGAAAUCCACUGAAAAUGAAGAACAAAAACAAACUAUUAUUACACCUUAUAGUGCUGCAGACAUUACGGAAUUAAAAGAUACGAUUUAUGAUGUGAUAAGAACGAUAAAAGAUCCCGAAAAACCAAACACACUGGAACAACUUGAAGUGGUUUAUGAAGAUGGAAUCAUGGUAAGUCAGCCAAGAACAAGUGAAUUUUUCGUUGUAAGAAUUGAAUUUAAUCCGACAAUACCACAUUGUUCUUUGGCCACAUUAAUAGGAUUAUGUAUCAGGAUAAAAGUUGAGAGGAAUAUUCCGAAUCGCAUAAAAUUGGAUAUAUUUAUCAAAAAAGGGGCACACGCUACAGAAGAAGAAAUAAAUAAACAAAUAAACGACAAAGAAAGGAUAGCUGCUGCUAUGGAAAAUCCUAAUCUAAAAGAAAUGGUUGAGAAUUGUAUUAUGGAAGAGGACUGUUAA